GCUACCUCGAGAUUCACGCUGGCUGCAACUUUAAUACACAUCGUUGUAAACUCCGAUAUACAUCGACGACCGAGUUCGAACGCGAUUUCAGUCAACUUACGAUGUAGUUUGCAAUUCGUUUCGUCAACGUUGCCAGUGCGCUCUUACGCGAUACGGGAAGAACGGAACAGUGCGUACAGUGCGCGGCUAUGUGUUGUCUGUGUUUCAAGAUCAGACUGAAAAUUCGAUCACGAGGGGAUCGAGGUGACUAACGAUUCGAGAGAUCGCGUACGGUUCCGCCGAGACAGAAGAGACUCUCGACGCACGCGUUUCACAAGAGAACAUUGUACAGCGAUGGAAGGAUCCGCGUUGUUUACCAUCGAGCAACUGUGCGAGACGACCGCGUUUGCGUUGAUUUUGCGUUGAUUUUGCGUUGAUUUUGCGUUGAUUUUGCGUUGAUUUUGCCUUGAUUUUGCGUUCCGUGUGCGAAUCGUGCGAAAGCGAUGACUCGGAUCCAGACGAUCGCGUCGAACGAACGGCGCAAAUACAGUACACCUGUUAGGCUUUUUGGAAAUUGUUAACCGUGCAGGCGAGUUUCAGUUUCAAAGUCGGAGGCAGUGUUUCGAACGAAGAGUUUUAAAGCCGAGUCUUUCCGUCGAUCUGAAAUACACGGUGUAACGAAUACCAGAUACUUGUCGUAGUUUGUAGUCGGUAAUCGUUAGUCGUGCAAGGGGAAGCGGGUAAAAGGAUAAGUUUCGAAGGGAAGAAAGCGGAAGGCCAUUUUCUCGCGCCAAGAGAAUCGACGAAACGCAAAUUUCCCGCAUCGAUCGACGAUCGAUGAUCGUUCGAAUCGCUGGAUAUGGAGAACCGAAUCACGUGGCAACAUGCACAUGGUUUUCAGGCUAUGAAUGAAAAUAUCUGGCAGAUUUUCUGCAGAAGCCUUUAGAGGAAACCGGCAGGUCUUCCAAGCCAUAAAGGGAGACCAGAGGGGCUGGACCACGUCUCUACAGAGAGGAGGCAAUCCGUCCGUGUAUUUUGUCGAGAGAGGCGGGGGAAGGGGGUGUCUCUAAGGGCGGCUACGACCAGAAAUUUCGCAGAGAUGGAGUUUCUGCAGAAUCAUCACACGGUGAACACCUCCGAACCGCCGUACACCCUUGGCACAGGUUCGGUAGGAAGUAUCGAGGCCACCAUACCUUCCGGCCUGUGCACCGGGUCUCUCGGUGUCCUGUCCACCGAAGACACCUUAACGGAUAAUCAAAACGAAGAGACUCUGGGUGCACUGCAGGGCACGCUUCGUCUACAGGAUCUGCAAAAUUCUCCGCAAGACAUUGGCGCUGAUCAAACGCAACACAUCCAAAAUUCCGGACAGAGCCAAGUGGUCAGCGAGUUUGGGGCGAGCUUCUGGGUCGACGAUAUGGCUGGUUUUCCAUUGCCACCGCUGGAUUUGGACCCGUUACCUCCUGGUCUCUUCAGCCCAUGCUCGGCAACCUACAAUUGGGGUUGCACCAGAGGAGAAUGUGCGCCGAGAACGAGCAACGCGAACGGGGAAGGUGUGGCGGACGUGUUACUAUCGUUAAAACAUGCGGUGGUCCAUCCUGCAAGUCCUACCGGCGGAUACUACUCCACGGCAGGAUCGAGUCAUCAUUAUUCUCAAGAUUAUACUCAAAAUCUUGGCCCACCUGUUCCACCCACGCAUUACGCGUCUACACCAGCCAUGUCUGUGAACGUUUCUAUGAAUAUGACCAUGAACAUGAACAUGCACUCUGGGUACGAGCAAAGCUAUUCGUCGGCAUGGGGCGUGGAACCCCUGUUAAGUCCCGCCCAGCAGUAUAAUCCUGUGGAGCAGCAGGCAAGGGUGAAUCAACCCCCGGCCAAUAGUCUGAUCGGCACCAGUACCCAUCCUCAUUCUCAUCCCCCGGCGCACGGCCAUUCCAGGCUGCAAUUGUCCAGUGAGCAUGCUCUGUGCAUAGGCGCCACCGGAAACCCAGUCACACCCGACGACAAUGGCAGACCUAACCUAUGCCGAAUUUGCGGCAAGUCGUAUGCGCGACCCAGCACCCUCAAGACGCAUCUUAGAACGCACUCUGGGGAGAAACCGUUUAGGUGUCACGCGUGCUCCAAGGCAUUUAGUCAGGCCGCGAAUUUAACUGCCCAUGCAAGAACUCAUUCGGGAGAAAAACCAUUUCGAUGUCCAGUGUGUGAUCGGAGAUUUUCGCAAAGCAGUUCCGUAACCACACAUAUGAGAACGCACUCGGGAGAACGUCCGUAUAGAUGUCGAUUCUGCAAAAAGGCAUUCUCGGAUAGUUCUACAUUAACCAAACAUCUUCGUAUUCACUCUGGCGAGAAACCAUAUCAGUGUAAGUUGUGCUUGCUGAGGUUCAGCCAAAGCGGUAAUCUGAACAGGCAUAUGAGAGUCCAUGGCGGUUCUCUAACGUGACACAGCUCAAUAUCGAUUAUCGAUAACAAUCGUGUUCUACCGCGAUGUUGUCGAAUACCUGUGAUUCAACUUGGCUCGAGCUUACCGGCGAAAAUGUAAAAUAAAAUAACUGCGACGAAUGUUGAUACUCUCAAUAGAGUUCUGCUUCCUGACUGACUCAAAUUUGCAAAGCGUUCGUGCGAACACUUGGUUAUUUAAGGGCUUACAUUUGAAUAUUUUUUUAAACGAUACACAAGACAAGUAAUAAUCACAAUAUGUGUUAUAUUUGGCAUUAGGAACUCAUCAAGAAUUCAUUAUAUAUAUAUAUACAUAUAUGCAUAUAUAUAUAUAUGUGUGUGUGUGUGUGUAUGUGUGUGUAUGUGUGAGUAUAUAUAUAUGUAUAUAUAUCAUAUAUACAUAUAUAUACACAUCAUCAUCAUUACCAUUAUCAUCAUCAUCAAUCAUCAUCAUCAUCAUCAAUCAUCAUCAUCAUCAUUAUCAUCAUCCUCGCCAACAUCAUCAUCAUCAUCAUCAUCAUCAUCAUCAUCAUCAUCAUCAUCAUCAUCAUCAUCAUCACCUCCUGAAUCGGAACAUUAAAUCGAAGGAAAUAAAAAACGAAAUGUAUCGGCAUCGUUAUAAUUUUAGAAAGUAUGCACCCGCGAAAUUUCUUGUUCGUUCACUUAUACGUUCAGGAAUUGUUUACAAAUAGGUCAGGGAUAGGUUAACAGGGUAUCGCAGAUUUAGACCUACAGCAUCCACCACAGCACCGUUGAUUAUUGUACAAAUAUUGUAUUUAUUAUAAUUAUUAUUAAUUAUAAUAUUAAUGUUGCUGUUUUCACCAUCUUCAAUUUUCAUUAUGUGGCUUUUUCUUUCUCAGUUUGCUUCUUUUUCGUCAUUGUAAAACGAAGGUAUUUUGGCGCCAUUUCCAUCGGACAAAAAAAAAAAAAAAAAGAAAAAAGAA